AUGUCUACCGAAGCCAAAGUCGUGACCCACAAAAGUAUUAAUAAUGCCGAUGAACGAGUGCAGAUUCUAAAUCUAAAAAAUUACCCAAAAGAAAUGGCAAGUUCAUCGACAUAUAAAGACGAAAGUCAUCCAUUCGCUGCGGAAACUCGUGUACUUCCCUCAGCCCAAACAACUACCACUUUAUCGAGUGGUGAUGCUCGUCGAUCUUCUACAGAAGGCAUUGGUGUCUGUGGCUGGGUUUUAGUCGUUCUUUCUUACUUCAUGGUUGGCAUUACAUUUCCAUUCUCGUUGUGUCUUUGCAUCAAGGUUGUGCAAGAAUACGAACGAGCUGUCAUUCUUCGUCUUGGUCGUAUCAUACCAGGCGGUGCAAAGGGUCCGGGUUUAUUCUUUAUCUUACCAUGCGUUGAUACAAUUAUUAAAGUUGAUUUACGAACAGCAACUUUCAAUGUUCCACCUCAAGAAGUAUUAACACGUGAUUCAGUGACAGUUUCUGUCGACGCUGUUGUUUACAGCCGUGUUUUCAACCCAGUCAUUAGCGUUACUAAUGUUAAAAAUACUCAAUAUGCAACGCAAUUACUUGCCCAAACCACCUUACGAAAUAUUCUCGGCACCAAAUCACUUCAAGAAAUUCUUACAGAUCGUGAAACCAUUGCACAUAGUAUGCAAAGUCAUUUAGAUGAAGGAACAGACCCAUGGGGUGUAAAAGUUGAACGUGUUGAAAUCAAAGACGUUCGUCUUCCUCAAUCGAUGCAACGUUCAAUGGCUGCUGAAGCUGAAGCAAGUCGUGAGGCACGUGCUAAGGUCAUUGCAGCUGAAGGUGAACAAAAAGCAUCGCGACAAUUGAAAGAAGCAGCCGAUGUUAUUUCGGAAUCACCAAUUGCUUUACAAUUACGUUAUUUACAAACGUUAACACAUAUCUCUGCAGAGAAAAAUUCAACUAUCGUUUUUCCAAUUCCUGUGGAAUUGCUCAGUCUGGUCAAACGAUCAACGUAA